AUGUCCGCACGAGACGCCCUGACACCUCGUGUGUUUCUUAUUCGACAUGGAGAGACGGAGUGGGCAAAAUCAGGUAGAUACACGGGCAUCACAGACAUCGAGCUCACUUCAGUGGGGAUCCAGCAAGUCUCCUCUGUAGCAACGACGCUCGUGGGCCCUGGCAAACUCGUCGACCCCUAUCGUAUCACGCACGUUUUCGUCAGCCCGAGGAAGAGGGCGAAAAUGACCUUUGAACUACUGCAGAUACCUUCCUCACCCCCUACAGCCGAUGGAGAACGUGAGGUUACCUAUACUGAAGAUAUUGCGGAGUGGGAUUAUGGCGACUAUGAAGGGUUGAAGGCUGGGGAGAUCAAGGAAUUAAGAAAGACUAGGGGGCUGGACCAGGAGAGGGAGUGGAAUAUUUGGAGGGAUGGGUGUGAAGGCGGAGAGACGAUGCAACAAGUCACAGAACGUCUUGACCGACUUGUAUCGGAAAUUCGAAACAUCCAGAGGCCUAACAUGAAUGGCGAAAAGUCUGCCGAUGUCCUCCUUGUACGGUCACAUCCGCCCCUCUUCCACCCAUUUCUUUGGACCUUGGCUGCCCCUCUUGUCUCUCCGGCUUUCGUUUUCAUGGCUGACGGAUGGGAAUCACAGGUCGCCCAUGGCCUCAUUCUACGCUGUUUCAUCAAGCGCUGGCUCCACUGGCCAAUCGAUUUCUCUUUUCCAAUGAUGCUGGACCCUGGAGCAGUUACGGUUCUUAGUUAUAAGAACAACAACGUCGAUGAACCAGCCCUUCAUGUUGGCAUGGCGCUUCCGCCUCUAGAGGGUACCCAUCAGAACGAGUCGUAA